CAAUAAAUAAUAUUAACACCAAUAGAUAAAGAAACCCAGAGAUAACCUCAAAAACCAAACAAUCCACAAACUCUUGUUUUGUCUCAUCAUUUCUCCCCACCACCACAAUGUCUUGGAUCCACUCUGUUUUGUUCCUUUGUCUAACUUUAUCGUGGUGCGUCGUCGUCACCGGAGAUACUGAUGAUGGAGGAGCUCCCAUGGAUAAAACAGAACAAGAAGCUCUUUACUCAGCUAUUCAAGGGUUUGUUGGUGAUUCUUGGAAUGGCUCUGAUCUUUAUCCUGACCCUUGUGGUUGGACUCCUAUUCAGGGUGUUUCUUGUGAUCUCUAUGGUGACUUGUGGUAUGUCACGGAUCUAACACUAGGUCUUGUUCACGAAAACUCGCUUCCUUGCGGCACAAGUUUGGUGAUAAAGCCAGAGUUAUUCAAACUCAAACACUUGAAAUCUCUCACGUUCUUCAACUGCUUCGUCUCGCCGAUAACAUUAGCUAAAGAGGAUUGGAUAAACUUGGGAAGUAACUUGGAGUCUCUCGAGUUCAGAUCCAAUCCUGGCUUGAUUGGUGGGCUUCCUGAAACAAUUGGUAGUCUCACGAAGCUGAAGUCUUUGGUGGUUCUUGAAAACGGGUUUAACGGGAAAGUGCCGGCGAGUCUCUGCAAUCUAACGAGGUUGCAACGGUUGGUUCUUGCGGGGAACUUGUUCACUGGAACGAUACCGGAUUGUUUCAAUGGGUUUAAAGAUCUACUGAUCUUGGAUUUGAGUCGAAACUUAUUCUCAGGGACUUUGCCUUUGUCUAUUGGAGAGAUGGUUUCAUUGCUUAAGCUUGACCUAAGCAACAACCAAAUAGAAGGAGAGUUGCCUCAAGAACUCGGGGUUUUGAAGAAUCUGACGCUUUUGGAUCUGAGGAACAAUAUAAUCUCUGGAGGGUUGUUCGAAAACAUCGUAAAGAUUCGAUCUUUAACGGAUCUUGUUUUAUCAGGAAACCCAAUGGGCAGUGAUGAUGAUGACAUGAUGGGAAUAAAGUGGGAGAAUCUGGACAAUUUGGUCAUUUUAGAUCUGUCAAAGAUGGGUUUGAGAGGUGAGAUUCCUUCUGGUUUAGCAAGUUUGAAAAGAUUGAGGUUUCUUGGUCUGAACGACAACAAUUUGACUGGCUUAGUCCCAUCGAAAGAGCUCGAGACUCUGCCUUGUCUCGGUGCUCUGUACAUCAACGGAAACAAUCUAACGGGAGAGCUUGGAUUCUCAAGAAAGUUCUAUGAGAAGAUGGGGACAAGGUUCAAGGCUUCAAAGAAUCCAAAUCUUUGUCAGCAUGUCGUGUCAGGGUCUCAGCAACUGAAGCCUUGCAUGAUGGAGAAGACAGAGGAUGGUUUGGUAAUAAAACAAACGUGGAGCAACCUUAAGAAGGAGGAGGAGAAGAAGGAUGAGUCAAGUUCAUCAGCAAUGGGUGUGAUGGUUACUAGACAUGUGUUGUCAAAUGGGUUCAUGUGGGAUUUGUUGCUUUUGGAGCUUUCUCUUCUUGUUGUAUUAUAUUAUUAGGGGGAUUGAAAUAAUAUAUUUAUUUUUUGGGUAGUUUGUUUAACUUUUGUUUGAUGGUUAAUAUUAUCGAUGUGUUGGUUUGAUAGAUUUUGAUGUCGGUGUGAUUGCUUAAGAGAAGAAAAUCAAAUCCUUCUUGGAUGUAUAACAAGUCUCUUGUUUCUU